AUGAACACCUCUACUAACCGUCAGGCCCUGGUUGCGGCCUUUGCAUUUGGCCUCGUUGUCCACGCUGCGGCUUCAACCGUCCCGAUCGCUUUCAAAGGUUGUUCGAACAUUCUUCGAGAUGGUCCGAGGCUGGCCCUCAUUACGUUCCUUAUUUCUUCUGCCCUGUGGGCUCAAGUUGACUUUACUUCUAUUCUGAUUAAUGCCGCCUCGACGAGCUGCCAGGUCACCAUCACCUUUGCUUCCAUCUUUGACCAGUUUGCCCGGGUAUCUGUGCAGCAAAGCCUGAUUUGGACCUUGAACAAUUCUACAAAGGGAUCAGGAGUGGAUGCAUUGGCCUCCCAAGGUUUUAUCCUUGUGCGGCUCAUUCUGGGAGGUGUAUUUGUCGGCUUUCAACGACCACAGCUUGGUGAUAUCUGUCUGGCGCGUACAUCAGUCUUGCCAAUUGGUAUCGUGGUUUCCGCUGUUGACCUCGUCUUUGUGGCUGCUCUUUUGACAAGAGUCAUUUCUCAUGGCAACUCUUGGGAGGGAGUUGUCAGUGGCCGAGCUGCUCUUUUCAUUACCGUGGGCUUGGGUAUUUGGACAGCAGCGAGUGUCCCUCUCAUGCUAGGCAUCGAGUCCUUGCCUGUGGUUGUGCGAACUGUAAUCCCAGCAACUGGUCUCUCGAUUCUGAUCGCAGAAGGGUCCCCGAAUCUACAACACCGCAAGCGAUCGCUCUCCUGUAGCUCCAUCCUCAAGCUCGAGACACCGCCACCUAUGCCCACCGAUCCUCGGCUAAGCGAGCUUGCUAAUUUGCUAGGGAGUGGACACUCCAAGGCGACAGCUACAAGCUCGGCGGCAAAGGUUCAGCCUGUGACAAGUCCUGAAAGCCCUGCCCAAUCGACCCAUUCCAUCUCGCCUUCGGAUGAAUCAAUCCCAACGCCAUCGUCCUUGCACAAGAGAGGAUACGAGCGAAGGUCCUCGCCUGUUCUUCCGGCCGACGGCUUUGACAGGCUCUCUCCUGGGUCCACGAUCCAAGACGAUGACUCUUUGCUCAACUGGGAUAUUGCUCCCACGCACGUGCAAGAGGCAGUUGCGGUUAAAUCGACUAAAAUCCAGCGGGCCGGGCUCGGAGUUGCGGGGACCCCAUCGUUGAGCGAGGCUCACGGUCACGGCCCCUUGCACCCCCUGCACGAGCCAGCUAAACAAGGCACCGGACUUGCAUCGGACUUGCAAGGUGCCGAGGAUUUCAACUCCGAGCGGACACGUCAAGUGGGGGAAGCUCGGCCAACAUUUUCAGACAGGGGGCGCUCAGUCAAGCUGCAUCGGAGUCCUCCGCCUGCUCCUUUGCUGCUCCGCAACAGCAGGGUGCAGGCUGAACCAUCGCCAGAUUCUGAGGAUGAGCUGGAAAUGGCUUUAGCCAGGUCUGGCGGAAAUGUCAACCCCGCGGAGCUGGCAGGGGCUUUUCCCACAGGUGACGAGAGGGCGACUUUGCUGGCCAAUCUGGAGCUGGAAUUGAACGAGCAGGAGAACCAAUGGCAAGCCAUUCGGCACACAAUGCUCCGAGAUUCCCUGUCGACUGUGUCUAUGGGAUCGCCCAGGCGCGACUCGCGACACGGGCAGCCGUUUCGACGAGCGCAAUUGGAAGCGGAAAACGAUCUACAGUCGCUGCUAUCGCAGACUGGCUUUAGAACAAAGUUGACAAGCUCAUCCUUCCCCGGAUUGUCUAGUCCUACUCCUCCAGACACAGAAUCUGAGCACGAAUACGACGAGGAAUCUGAGGUUCUGGUUGGUCAGACGGAGAAUGAUGCCAAGGCGGCGAAGGCGCUGUGGCGCCCCAUCACUCCUGUAGCUGCUGCCCCUAGUGCACCAUCCCUCUGGACCCCUGCCUCCAAGGCAGCAGACAUGGUGCCAGAGGAAAUUCCAGACACCAUCAGACGAGAGAAGAGGUAUCUGGAACCUCUGACGAUUGAGAGUAACAGGCUCUGGGAGGCAUCACGAUCACCAAAACGCCAGGUUGCGCAUCAUGGGCUCUGGCGAGCGGAUAAAACCCAAGUGGUGGAAGUCAAAGUCCAGCACUCAGCUCCUCCCCGCCAGCCCCCACGGCGGAUCAAGCGUGUCACACUCCUCCCAGACAUACUGGAGAAUCCGGAGCCACUCCCUGAUAGGCGCGGGACACUUGGGAUAUUCCAAUUCCCAUGGGGUGAGAGGUCUGACAGGGCAACGAUGCCAGCGAUGCCAGCUCGAGGGAUGUCUGGGUUGACAAUCGGUGCCAUGCCUGGGACAAUGGCCAGCAGAGGGUCGGGGUCACAGUCACACAUGCAGAGGAGCGUGGAAGUGGAGGUGGACACCACUACGGAGGUGAUGGAGUCCAUGGACGACUACGAACGGGAGGAGUUCUCUGACAGCGAAACGUACGACGACUCGUCCUCGUACUACGACAGCGACGAAGAAGGGUUUGACGAAACAACUCUUUGGGAAAUUGUCAGCCUUCUGGAACCUGCGGAGCGGACAAGUGAAUCCACGCCCGGGCCCCACUAUGGUAAAUCCGGGCUUCACUCCGAGCAAAAGCAAGAAGCGGCACAUGGGCGUGCAGAACAGGUUGCAGACGCAGACGCAAACUCGGCCAAAUUUUCAGACAACGACAUCAACAAAGGGCAAGCCCCAACUAAUAUCUCUUCGUCACACGCGGACUCACCCCCAAAGGCACCUGCAGGGCCCGACCAGAUUAGCCAGCGGAAAAGCCCCCACCCACCAAUGACGCUGGCGGACAUGGAUCUCCGGGGGCGAGUCAACAGAAACGUGCGAGAGGGCGAGGGGCAGAGCCAGGGCAAAAACCAGGGUCCGGCAAAAAUUGAUGCGCAUCUGAUUACGCUUGGUGCGAGCUCGGCAGCCGAUGCCGCCAUGGGGACCCCUCCGAAGCCCGAGCCUCCAGUUGCUUCAAUAAGCAAAAGCCCGCCUGAGCGAUCAAUAAGCAGCGCGCCCGUGCCUCGACCCUUGUCUGGCGCUCCAAUCAAUGACGACAGCACCACUCAUGAGACACAGUUUCCCCAGCUGCUUGCAAAUCACACCCCUGCAGCCAGUGCCAGGCCCAGUCGAAGUCCCUUGACGUGGACUUUCACUCCCGCAGAGGCGACACCCGUCUGCAUCCAGCACGAGGCGCCCUCUAUCUCCAAGCCCGCCGAACUGCCCGCCGAGUCCGCUAACUCCGCCCUUUUCCAUAUACAAAGCCGACGCGCCGACGCAAAUCUCAACAGUCGUUUGUUAUCUUUCUUCCCAUUGCCUCCUCAGUCUUCACCACUCAAGCCUGAACAUCCCAAGCUACAACAGCAGUAUCAGCCUCAGCAAUCUACUAGCAUUUUUGGCAUGGCUUUGUGGUCUCCAAGCCCUAUCGUUCACAGCCCCACCAAGGGACUCGCCCAGCCAGACGAAGCUACCUGGAAGAAAUAUUUACCUACCGACGACAUUGCUCGCGUUCUCCCUGCAAAGACCGACCUUCCUAUGAUUGAGAGCAACUCCCUCUGGACUCCCCCAGCAAAGAAGGCCGACAUUCCCAACCACGGACUUUGGGGAACAAAGACACCCCUGCCCGGCAUGUGGUCUCAACCCCCAGUUCUCCCCAAGGUCUCCUAUGGCCUCCCCCAGCCCGACCCUGAGACCUGGGCUACUUACCUCGUGGUGAUGGAUGACGUCCCCCGAGUCAAGCCCAGAGAGGCCGAGCCUGCCUUUGUUGAGAGCAGCAGCCUCUGGUCCAGCAAGCCCAUUAUCCCCGAGGUGCCAUCCGAGGAUGGUUUGUGGUCCGGAUCUAGCUCCGCAUCUUCUGCAAGCUCAGUGAGCGGCUCCGAGUCGUCUACCGGUACGCCGAGCGAGGCGGUCAAUUUUGGAUUGUGGGAGCCCACUCCCGCUAUCAUUGCGGACGAGGAGCCGACCGGCCUCUUUAGCCUCAGCCACCGUCGCACCGAAUACCGCACCACCGACAAGGCUCCGGCGGCACUCGAAAUGCGUCCGCCCCGACGACCUCUGGAGGCGUACCCCGACUUUGGAUUUACUCAUCUCUGGAACAUGGCCCCUCUCUGGGAUGCCAAGGCCAAUGCCGUGGCUGUUGAGCUGCAGCGCGAACUGGAUGGCCUGGUCCUGGAGGGCCUAUUCAGCCUGAAGCACCGCCGGAACAAUUUCCGUACUACUUCCGAACCCCCCGCUGCUCUGGAGACCAGACCCAAGAUGCGCAUCUCGCAGGAGCCUCUGCCGAAGCUCAGCUCAGAUAGCCUCUGGUCUGUGCGCGCACCGGCCGAGACACCGGUCGAGCUCGACUGGAUGGCUCUGUCAACAGUCCGCCCGAGAACCACGUCUGUCGCUUCAGACGACUCGCUCAUCUCCAUGCCUCCUCUCACAAGAGCUUCCUCUGUCAAGUCCGACAAGAGCGUCCGUCGCAUCGACGCAACUCCCGCCGAAUGGCUCGCUGCCCUGGAUGAGGCGAUCCGUGCCAGUGGACCCUCGGACAAGGGUGCCAUGGACCUGGACCCCAGCGAGACCAACUAUCAGCUCUGGUCCAAGUCCGAUGAAGAGCCUCUCAUCAUGGCGUCGGAUGCCGAUGAGCUGUGGAAGCCGACUUCCAUCCCAACCCCUCGUUUCCUCGAAUUGACUCCUUCUCUGCGAGACUACGAUAAGAAGCACGCCGAGUCGGGCACGUCGCACCGUGGUCGCACACUGGAAAAGUCGCGCCCGCCACCCCCAAUCUUCCCUGGUUCAUCGACCUCGGCCUUUCUCCCUGCCGCCAGCGACACGCCCCGCGACUUUGCGUCGCAGGGACUCUGGGCUCGCACUCAAUCCCCGGCUGGAUCGCGUGAGGACGGAUCCUGGCUGGACAAGUCUCUUAGAAAGAGCCUGUCGUUUGUGCAGCUGUGGUAG